AUGAGCGAUGGAUUCAUUCUUAGACAGAUGCUUAUGAUUCCUCCGAUUACCAGAUGCAUGAUACUUGCAAUAGGAGCAUUGAACCUGCUGGUUUGCCUGGAGGUGAUUUCACCAUACAGCUUGUACUACUCUCCAUUGUUUCUAAAGAAGCUUGAGGUAUGGAGGGUGAUCACGACAUUUAUGUAUUUUGGAAGACCAACACUUGAUGUGUUUAUGCACAUAAUCUUUCUGUAUCGCUACUCUUACAUGCUUGAGAGUGGAUGUAGAGGAAUAUCUGAAUAUUUCUGGUUGAUAGUUGUGAUAUCUGGGGUGUUGUUUGUUAUUUCAAACAUUUACAGCAUUCCUAUACUUGGAGCGUCCUUUUCAGCAACGAUAACAUAUAUCUGGACGAAGAGGAACCCGCGAGCAAUGGUACAGAUAUUUGGAUUUAUUUCAUUUCCAGCAUUCUAUCUGCCGUUUAUUCUGCCUGGAUUUACAUUAAUAUCCAGAAAGUUUGUUUCAAUUGAUGAUGUCCUUGGAAUAUUUGUUGGGCACCUGUUUUAUUAUUUUAAGGAUGUGUAUCCUAGAUGGGGCAGGGAUGCACUCAGGACGCCGUGCUUUAUAAAGAAACUUUUUGACGAGCAUCCGAAGCAGUGCUGUAAAUCCAAGAAGGGGAUUACUAUCAAGGAAGGACGAAUGCGAGCAGAAAAAAUGAAAAAUAGCACGAGUGAACAGAAAAGUGAAUCUACAAGUAAUUCAGAUAAUAUAAAGAGUGUGAGUGAUCACAUGGAUAAUCUAAAAAGUACAUGUGAACAGGAAAGUGAUAUAAAUAGUGCAAAUGAACUAGAAAGUAAACCCAUAUGCAAUGUAGAUGAUAUAAACAGUAGAAGUGAACAGACGAAUGGCAUAAAUACAAAUCAUAUAAAUAGUACAUGUAAACAGGAAAGUGAAUAUACGAGUGAUAUAAAUAGUACAUGCGAACAGGAAAGUAAUCAUAUAAAUGCAUGUGAUAUACCAACAGAACAGAUUAAGAAAGAUAACACAGUGUUAGAUGAAAUACCUGAGACUAUAAACACAGAACCGGUAAUUGUACAAAAAGCUCAGAAUGAAGAGGUUGAAUCUAUAAAUUCGAUACCAUUAAUAAAAGCUGUAGAUAAUGAAAAUGAUGCAUUAGUAGCAUCUUCAGAAGCUUUUUUAAGCAUGGACUCAAUCGAAAGUAAACCUGUUUCAGACGAGCCAUCACAUUCCAAGGAAGAUUAUGAGGAUGACUGGGAUGAUACGUGGGGAAUGGAGAGUAAUGAUGAAAAUAGUGAUUAG